AUGGCUCGCGUCACUAGAAAAUCAACCAGAAACACGCUCAAACCCAAGAAACCUAGUAAACGUCAAAGCCGCAGAAAGCCUCUCCCAAAGGUGGCAGUCCAUGAAGAGACGGUUGGUGAAUCAGAAACCGAAGAGUCCCACGAAGAGUCCAACGCGCGGGUCCCGAAGAAAGAAGACCAUUUGGAACAGCACGAAAAACGGAUUAAACCUGACUCCAAGCAGCGUCGUUUUGAAACCCCGAUGCUGCACUUCAACCCUGACACCCAGAUGUUUGAAAAACGCGAAGAAACUGCUACUAAAAACAUGGCGACUGCCGAUGCCCGUGAUUUCACCUCGAGCCACAGCGACCAGGACGACUGGAGUCUUGAGAACCUGCCUGACAUCCUGUAUGUUCUGCGUCCCAAGAAUGAGAACGCGAAGUCCCGCCGUAAGGUUCACACGACAGACCAUAUGAUAUUCGGGAAGAAGGUCAAGAACUUUUACACCCUCCCUCCCCGCAUUUCGUCUCAAGUCGAAGGUUUCAGACUGGAAGCUUGGUUUCGUCUGGACCGCCGCAUCAAGGCCGAGGAUAUCAUGGACCGUGUGAACCCCAUAUUCAGACACCUCAUCGGCGAGGAAAUCAUCGAGGAGCGCAGAGAGAGCUUCCGGCUGGCCUACAAUGUUGCUGACUGGACGUCCCAGAGAUCCAUCAACGCCGUGACGCGUCAGGUCAAGAGAGAGGGUUUUGACGUCGAGCAGAACACCACCCGUGGAGUCACGCCCGGCCUGAUCGAUCCCGCAAAAGGCGAAGCUGGUGGCCGUGUUGUUUUCAACCCUGCUGCGUAUCAGCACCAGCCUCUUGCUAUGGAUCCGGAGCCCCAGAUGCCCGAGGCGUGGUUCAAGAUGUGUCGGUUUCACACUUCGUCUCCCCUUACGCGCGAUGGUGUGACCGACCCCAACCAGACGUUCAUGCCCCAGCAGCAUGGCGUCAAACACGAUAUGGGUUCCGUCGAUUCUCAGCUGAUGCGCCUCGCACACUCGCACAUGGCUGCCCCUGUCACUAAUCAGGACAACCGCGUCCACCAGCUGAACCAGAUCAAUUACUUUGCUGCCCCGGGAUUGGCUGCCCCGGCGAUCGGGGGAUCCUACGUGGCUUCUGGCCAGCAGCGUUACUAUCCCCAGAUUGCGCACGCGAACAAUCCCAUGCUGGCGAGACAGCCCAUUCAGACGAACCAACCCAUGCAGGCGAACUAUCCUAUGCAGACGAACAAUCCCGUUCAGGUGAGCCAUGCCAUGCAGGCGAACCAGCCCAUGCAGGUGGCGCCAGCCCAGGGAAGCCUCACUCAAGUCCCCAAGAUGGCAGCUCAGGUUCCCGCACCCAAGGCUGCUAUCCCCGCUGCGAAUGCCAAAAAGAGACGCACACGUGUGAAGCCCAAUGGCUCACCCUUCCUAUCCACGGCGGCCCUUCCUGCGUCUGCACAUAUCAGCCCUGCUUCGGCCCGUAUGGCUCGCUCCGGCACACCCUACCAGACGCAUGUCGCCCAGGUGAACCAGUAUCCUGCCCCUGGUAGGUCCUCCGCGCAUACAACCCACGCUGCUAACUCUGCUGUUACCACCCGCCCUGAGACGGCCUCGAGGAACGUCCGUGCCCCGCAGUUCUCGUCUGAGUUGUAUCCGUUUUUCAAUAUCUUAAACGGCAUCGGCGUCUCUGAACAGGGCGAUGCGUUUGGCGGGGUAAACACCUACUCGAACGCCCACACUGGUCAGAAGAGAACGUGGGAGACUGGCAAUGAUGGAGUCCCUGUCCUGAUGGACAAGAAUAGAAGGACCGACACCUUCGGCAUGCGGUACCCCACUGAGGUCACUGAGCUUGCUGAGCACUCUGGCCCUAUGCCGGAGGAAUUCACGCAGACUGGUGACGAGGAUAUGAGCCAGGAGGUUAAUUUCGAUGACUGGUUGGUUGAGAGUGCGAUGAGUGCUGAUGGGCAUAUUGAAUGGCGCUCGGGGAUUUGGCCGGGAAUAGGAGUGGAUCCGGAUAAGACGGAGGAGGAGAAGGAGAAGGAGAAGAAGGAAAAGGAGAAGGAGGAAAAGAAGGAGGAGAAAAUGGAGAAGGAGGAAAAGAAGAAUGAGGAGGGAAACAAGAAGGAGGGAGACAAGGAGGAGGAGAAGCAGAACAACUAG